AUGCACAAAUUUAAUGUCAAGCACUUUACUCAGUACAUUACUGUCCUCUGUAAAUUGGGAAACACGAACAAGGCCUGGGACCUUUUACAUUCGGCCAUUACUCAACACUGUCCUCUCGAUGCCGUAUCCUUCACCGCGCUUUUGGGUGGCCUUGGAAACUCUGGUGAUAUCCCUCGAAUCAACACCCUUCUUGUUGAAAUGAAAGAGAUGGAAAUACAUCCAGAUGUUGUCACUUAUACCACCCUUGUAAAGUCUUUGUGUAAAUGGGAUCGAAUAGAGGAAGCACUUGGGGUUUUCCACAGAAUAAGGCUCGUUCAUUGUUUUCCUAAUAUUGUUACAUACAACACCCUAAUUGAUGGGAUAUGUAAAAGAGGUAGAAUAGUUGAAGCUCUUGUUUUAUUUGCUGAGAUGAUACAAACUGACAUUUCUCUUGAUAUUAUUUCAGGCAAUACCCUAAUUAAUGGUCUCUGCAAGGUGGGAAGGGAAGAUGAAGCUCUAAGGUUGUUAGCUGGAAUUAAAAAUAGUUACUGCUCCCCAAAUAUUGUUACAUACAACACCUUGAUUGAUGGUCUUUGCAAAGUAGAAAGAAUAGAUGAAGCUCUAGGAUUAGUAGGUAAAAUGUUACAAGACGGCCAUUUUCUUAACCACUAUACUUAUAAUAGUCUGAUAAAUGGCUUUUGCAAGGCUGGACAAACAGACAAAGCCUACAAUCUGUUUGUACAAAUGAUGGAGUUUGGUCCUUUGCCCAAUGUAGUGACAUUUAAUACAGUUAUUGAUGGAUUGUGCAAAGAUGGUAGGAUGGACAAGGCUUGGGAUUGUUUUCAUAACAUGACCAGAAGGGGUUUACAGCCGAACGUGAUUACUUAUAAUUCUUUGAUACGCAGCCUAUGUGAAUUGCAUGAGGUGAAAAAGGCUCAAAAGUUGUUUAAAAAUAUGCUAAGCAAAAGCUGCUCCCCAGAUGUUGUUACCUACAACAUUCUAAUUGGUGAUUUAUGUCAGAAUAACAGGGCAAAGGAAUUAUUUUCACUUAUUUUUGAGAUGGAAAAUAGGGGACAUCUUCCUAAUGUAAUUACGUAUAAUACUCUAAUCUGUGCAUUUUGUAGAACGAGAGAAAUGAACAUGGUAGGAAAGGUUUUAGAAGAGAUGGCGACAAGGGAUUUGAAGUUUGAUGAAGUGACAUACAACAAAGUAAUUGAUGGCAUGUGCAAGGCAGGAGAUUUUUCUAGAGCAUAUUCACUCUUUAAUAAGAUGCUAGAUGAAGGCUUGACUCCUAAUGUAGUCACUUAUACCUGUCUGAUUGACGGCCAUUGCAAAAUUGGUGAAAUGGAGAAGGCCUUUAAGUAUUUUUUAAACAUGAAAGUGAUUGGUAUUAUUCCGGAUGUUGUAACCUAUAAUACAUUGAUUGAUUUUUUCUGCAAGGAAAACAAACUUGACAUUGCUUUCUCAAUGUUGUAUGAGAUGAGAUCAAAGUAUUUAGUUCCAAAUGUUUUAAUCUACAAUACAUUAUUAUCCACCUUCCGUGAAAGACAUGACCUUGAAAAAACGUUUUGGGUGAUGGAUCAAAUGAAGAAAGAAGGUUGUGCUCCAGGUGAUUCAACUGUCCAGAUACUUGACUGGCUAGUUGAAGUUGGUCAAAUGCAAAAAUUAAAGGACUUUGUAAAUGAUGAUUCUUUUAUUAUUUCUAGGGCAAGGUAG